AUGAAUCUCUCGAUAGAUACCGCCGAGAACCUACAGACACUUCGUUUAUCGAUCCUUAAGCGCGUUUCCCUCCUCGACCAAUACAUCAAGAACACAAAGUCAUUCGUGUCUCACCAACCGGACGAUGGCUCAGACCCUGCCACAACCUCUGCCACAGAGCUUCAGAAACUUGCCUGGGGAAUCAUAGUCUCUGCGGACAAUUUUAUGAAUGUAGUUCUCGGAAUUAAGUCACGCUUCAGCUCCCGCUCCAGUCUCGUCGAUACGGUCGAAAUCGAAGACUCGAUCAAAUCCGCGACAGAUGUUGGCGUUGCGCAAGAGAAGAAAAAUGUUCGAUUUGCGCUCGCAGAUACAUCUACAAGACAUUCCAUCCAAACAAUCCGGUCCGAAAUCAUUCCGAAAUCACAAAACAAGGUCGAGAAUGGUACAUCACAAGGAUCGACACUCGGUAGCUCCGACCCUGAAAUCCCUGCUUUGUCUAGGCCACAAAAAGGCCACUUCUCCCUGGCAGAAAUCGUCAAAUACCUCACUCACAACGACGAUAAGGCCAAGACAGAUCAGUUGGAGUCUACCUUCUUCCUUACCUAG